AUGCCUCGUGUCAAGUACGUCCUGCUCGACUGCGACAACACGCUUUGUCUGUCGGAGCGUUUGGCCUUUGAGGCUUGCACCGACUUGACCAACGAGGUCUUAGAGAAGUGGGGCAGACCUGAGCGCUACACUGUCGAACAGCUGCUAGAGGACUUCGUCGGCCACAAUUUCCGUGGUAUGCUCAAUGGCUUGCAGAAGAAGCAUGGCUUCACUAUGACACCCGAGGAGGUAGAUGCAUAUGUCGACCGCGAGCUUGGUGCCGUGACUGCAAAGCUGAGCGAGAAGUGCCAGCCCUGCCCCGGCGCACCUGAGCAGCUUGAGGCGCUCAAGCAAGCAGGGUACCCCAUGUCUGUUGUCAGCACUUCAGCCAAGCCCCGUGUCGUUGCUAGUCUGAAGAAGGUCGGUAUUGACCACUACUUCACUGACGAGCACGUCUACAGCGCUGCUACUAGCCUGAACCCUCCUUCUAGCAAGCCUGACCCUGCUAUCUACAACUACGCCUGCAAGCAGCUAGGUGUCAAGAAUGAGGAGUGCGUUACUGUCGAGGACAGCAAGAGCGGCGCUACCGCUGCCAUGCGUGCGGGUAUCCCUCUGAUUGGCUACGUCGGUGUCUACGGUAUCGAAGAGGGUAAGGAGAAGAUGGAGGAGAUGGCCAAGCUCUUGACCGAGCAGUGCAAAGCCAAUGUCAUCAUGUACGACUGGAAAGAGUUCCCGGAGUGCCUGAAGAAGAUUGAGGAGUCACUAUAA